AUGGCUUUUGAACAUAAGGGUUUGCUUCUGAAAACAGUGAGUUGCAAUCAGCGAAAGGAUUCUUUUGCGAGCAUGAAUUUAAGGUUUUCCUAGUAACAAUUUUAUACGUGUUCGCCGCCACACCACCGCCGGUAAAUACAAAAAAAUCAAAGUUAUGCGGCGAUUCAGCAUGUGAAGGUUUCUAUUCCGCAGUUUUUUCAAUUGAUCAGAUUUCGUUUGUAGAAGUUUUGUUCAAAACAAGAGUGAAGCGCGUGAUGGGUAUUACUGCGGACCCAACCUUUUUGAAGCUCUCUGAUGGAGUCGUUAUCGAUGUAGUGGCAGUCAAGUUUAGCGAUCGGGUUGAUCUUAUGGAAGGAAAGGUAAUGAUUUCAAGUACCUGCUCUUUUAUCCAAUAUUAUUUUGAUAGUUACCGGAUGGUAGUAAAGGGUUAUUUUACUCGGGUGCUAUCGACAGCGGCCCUUAUGUUGAAUUCUUACGUUCGGCCAUCGAAAUGAAGAAAGAAAUGCAAUUGAUCAGCCAAGACCCUAACGACGCAGGCUCCAAAAGGUUAAUUGGUGAGUAUCUUCUUCAUUUUCAAUAAUCACCUGUUAUACGUUGAUAUGCUUUUUCUUUUUGAUGAUUGGAUGACCGGUGGUAUUGAUGGUAGCAUGGCCGGUAUUAUGAAAGAAAUACCAGCGAAAUUUCAAACGGCGACCUUUCCGAUUUUUUUAUAUUGCUAGGGAACUUUCCACUUUUUUCCCUUAAUCUUUUCGGUUUGUAAAACAUGUAUUAACAUUUUUCUCUCCCACUUCUUUGUGUUUUGAUCAUGAAUCAACUACCAACUUCAUAUAGGAAGAUUCAAAACGAAGAUUUUAUCGAGAAAAAAGUCGGAAAGGGAAUAGUCGGAAACUUCUCCGUCGGAAAGUUCCCUAGGGAUAUGAAAAAAUCGGAAAAGUCCUCGUUCGGAGGUAAUUUUUUUAUCUUACAAAACGAAAAGUGAGUUCCGAAACGCAAGAAAAUGGUACGCUGGAAAAGUCGCUCGGUUCGGUCGUUUUUUGUGAUGCCUAUAUUUUCAUGUUUUUGAACUUUGAAAAGUUAUUUUCGGCUUUUUUUUUAAUGGUGUUAACGGUUUUGAGGUGCGUUUUUUUCAUAUAUAAUAUGACCAGUUUCGAAGCCAGUUUUCGAAGAAUUCUGGUCUUUUAAUUUACUUUUUUUGCUGCAUUUUUCUAUUUUUCGCCAUGCUCUCCAAUCUUAAUUAAUACUUAUUCGCACUUAACAUAUUUCGAUUUCCAGACAAGGCUGACAUGAAAUUUAUUGAAAAAAAUAACCCAAAUCUUUCGGAACUGAAUGUGUAACUACAAUCGAGCAUUCUACACCUUUUGGACACCUAUAAAACUUAGAACUAAAAAAAAUUUUGAAGUUUUCGAAAAAUGGACACUUUAAAAAAAGCUACCGAACGACUUUUCCAGCAUUCCUAAGGAAAUUUUUCAAAUUAGUAAUGAACGCGCUUUUGUGUGUUUGCUUCAUAAUUCGUUUCUCCGAAUAACACGCCACAAUAGAUACGCAUGAACUCUCAAAAUAUUCAAAUAAGUGAGCGAAGUUUUUGUUCAUUAGUUUAGGGAACCCAUUCUUUUUAGGAGUCAUUCAUUCGGAGACUGACCUCGUGCGGGACUACAACGCAAAGGCAGCCGUUCUCGCAGCGGAGAAUAAUUUGCCGCCACCAGAUCCUCUACCGAUUCCGCAACCACCGCAACAGGGCCACGGGCAUAGCCAUGGGGCUCAUGGUCACAGUCACGGCGGCCACCAUGGCCAUAGUCAUGGCGGUCAUGGACAUUCGCACGAGAACAACCACGUGCAUGAACACAGCCAUGUGAAGGAAAAGCCUCAAGAACCGAUGGCCCCGUCAAACGUCCAAAAGAUGAUGGUAUUCUUUUCUUUGGGGAGGAUCUUUACAAAGUAGUGUUUUGCGAAACAUGGAAAGCUGAUUUGCACCUGAGUAUUAUUUUUUCUGUAUCUAUAUUGUUUACUGAUUAGAAAAACUCAGAAGUUCCUCAAUGGGAUUUUUUUCGGUCGUAAGUUUCUCGAGACAAACAAAAAAAUAAUUUUGAAAUACUUCGAAAUGUUCCGUUACGCAAUAUUUAUAAUCUAGUGAAAUUAGAUGAAGUAGAAUUUUGAUAGGCUGAACUUCGUUUUUCUUUUUGGAUUUGUAAACAGCGCACAUUGUAACAAUAUAAAAAAAAUAUAAAUCUAAAGGUGAAAAAUUCUCUAAAAUUUGCAACUAAUUAUAAAAAUCAAAAAAUUUAUCUAAAAGAAUUGUUUUUUUUUUCUUCGCCCCGUUUUAUCAUUUUGUCUUAUUUGGUUUGAAAAUGUUUUUACAGCAAAAUGAGCAAGUUAUCGCUGAUAAACCAGCUACGGAAGAGAAGGAAGCGAAACAGAAUCCACCAUCUGAAUUGAAUCAUGUUCCGGUGGAGAGUAUCGUGACCGAGCAGAAAAUGGAUGAUGGAAAGCUCCCCCACAAGACUGCUUUUGUUGUCGAAGAGAAGGUGGAGAAUGUACAAACUAUCGACAAUCUGAAUGUCGAUCAGCAACGUCAGCCAGAAAAACAAGACAAUGUCGAGAAAGAGUCCUUGCAAGGUUUGUCAUGGAAAUUUUUUUAAAAUUCCAAUUUUGAAGGCUAGUUCCGUCUCAACUUUUUUUUUUCUGCAUUUUUCUAUCAAUAAAAAAAAGUCCUAGAUCCCGUAUGAAGUGUACGGACUCGGGCAAACACAGGCGAAUCGGGAGGGUACCAUAAUGUUUCCACAAAGAUACCUCUAAAAAUGGUUUCCGUGUAAAAUAUUCAAUCGAAGUAGUAGCUCUCAUUCCGAGGCUUCCACUCAGAGCACAGUCUCCGGGCUCAAGCACAAUAUCCGCUACAUUCUGAAAGGGAGAUACUCAAAAAAUAGAAAAUGUGGAAAAAAAGACGGAACAAAAAUGGUGCAUAAGAGCCGAUGAAAUAGCGCAAAAAGGCAGCAAAAAAGGAGCCUUUCUCACCUUAAAAGGAACAUUCCUAUUAAUCCGUUUUCCAUCUUUUCGGACUAUGGAGUUGAAUUGAAAUUUUCAGCGAAUGUCGACACCACUAAUAGCGCGCCAAGUCUUGAUUCUUCGCAAACAACUCCGAGCCAACCUCCACCACCCUCCACUAACCUUGUACAUAUCUCUAUCCAGUCUUGUACACAUUUAAUUUUUCUUAUUCAAGGACUCUGAAGGCAACGAACGUCUGUCUAUGGAAGACGAGAUUGAGCUCAUGAUCGCUCGUGACAAGUUACUUUUAGAACAGAAUAAGAAACAAGCUACUGCUCCAGUUGUCGAGGUUCGCUAUUUUUCAAGUGGUCGAUUGGUUUUUGCUAUGAAAGUGAGACAAUAAUACUGUAUAAAUACAGUAGCGGAAACAUGUGAGUGUUUUUUUGGUUUUUCGUCUGUAACUUUGUCAAAAAAACAUUUUAAUCUAAAAUUUAAAUCAAUUAAAUAGAAGGAUGUUAUCGACAAUUCAAAUUAAUAGUUUGAACCGAUUCAAAAAAAAAAAACUUGAAAAAAAAAAUGUUUCAUCUUAUCAAAAUCGCAAAAAAAAAAAUGGUAAACAAAUAAAAGUUCAACAAAGCCAGUAAACCGGUUUGAAUGACUUUCAAUUCAAACAAUUUAGUUAAACAGAUUUAAUACUUUUAGCAUAGUCUUUGGAUUUGAUAACAGCCUUGCAUCUUCGGGGCAGUACCUCGAUAAGUUUGUUCAACUCGCUCAUAGGAUCUUUCUCCAAACUUCUUCUAUUUGUUUCUUCGAAAAUUCCAGACUAAAGCAAUAGUUUUAAACAAAGUUAUAAACGAAAAACAAAAAAAAGUACUCACUUAUUUCCGCUACUGUGUCAUAUUUUUUCGUAGGAUACUACCGAGAGGGCUGUCCCAGUCGCCGCGACUCCCGUUGCAUCUGCUGUAGGUGAGACUUUUCUCAAAUAAUUUUUUGUUCGAUUCACAUAUUGAUUCAAGGGGGUUUUUUUUUGAUUUUCCAUAUUUAUAGAAUCGGCAACAGAGCAAAAGCCGUUAGAAAUACCACCUCCACAGGAGAGACCUGUGGAAUCGCCGUCUAGUACUCCGCCUCAGCUUCCAGCCCUCCAACCGCAACCAACGGUGGUACAAGAGGCCCAACCAGUUGUUGAAACUCCCCCGAUCGAUGCUGUCAUAAUGACAACGACUCCAAGUCCUUUGGAAGCGACUACUGUCAAAGAGGAAGAACAGGUGGAUCCAGUCGCCAACAAGUUUGAAGCACCGCUCGAUGUUCCGGCUUCUCCAGUUCCAAACAAUGCUGCUACGGAAGGAUCAGCGAAAAACGAGGCACCCCAGGUAAAAAAAAAAACUAUAAGACACCUGAUAGAUGCAUUCAAACAAGGACUACACUUAAAACUGGGAAAAAAAAAACCGUACAAAAUUUGAAGAUGAUUUUCUCCUCAAAGAGAGCCUCCAAGUGCCGAACUAUCCAGUAAUGUCUCGGAAAAAUUUCAGAGAGUUCAUUGGAGAACGUCAUAAGAAUAAAAUCCUUGCAAUAAAACUGGCUUUCGAGUUUAAAAAUUUUAAAAUAGCGUUUUUUCGUCAUAAUUUGCGCUUUUUGCAAAAUUUGAAGCUUCCAAACUUGAAAACCAGAUCUGUAGCGAGAAUUUAUUUUUUCGUGUUGUAUCCGUUAUCAGAGCUCUAUCAUCCAUUGUCUGUCUUUUAAGGGUUACUGCGACAAAGAAGACUGCUCUUCCUUGGUGAACACAGCGGCAGCGGAAAGAGCCUCACAAACUGCGGAAGAAGAUAGGCUCAAAGCCAAGCCCUUUGAAGAUAGCAUUGGACAGUUUAGCGACGUUAUUUCUGAGCACAAUUUCUCCAAUUUACCCCUUCAAGGUGGAGUAAUCUAAAAUACUUCCUUUUUUACAUGUAACUGAAAAUGAGUUGAAAUUUGAUUUUCAUACAUUCAUUUUUACAGACAAAUUUCAAGCCACAACGGCCGUCGCAGCUUUUGUUCGGUCAAUGUUGACUAUGGGUGACUUAAGCGAUGCUAGUAAUAAAAACGAUUCUGACUUCUCUAUUACACAACUUUUUUAGGCGUCGGUUUGAUUCUGAACAUUACCUUUGUGAUAGUUUCUUUCGUGAUUUUUGUCAUCGUUAAAAAUGUAACAGGAUUAACAGAGUCGGCUGGCUUCGACAAAGGGUGUGUUGUUUGGAUUUAAAUCUUGUACUAAACGAUUUCGGUUUCAGAGGUUUCUUCACUCUUUCCACUCGUUUUCGAGAACUACAAGUAAUUCUCCAAAAUAAAGAAGCCGAAUUGAACCAGUGCGGCUGCCAGGAUAAUUUGAAAAUAUGCCAAAUUUUAGGUUGAGGAUGUCUUGUCAGUUGCAGCAAGUUGAUCAAAAAGCUCAAAACGAAGUCGCUCACAUUCGCAAUGAGUUCGUUUUUUUUUUGUUUCAACACGUUGCACAGGAUAUAGGAAAGCUUGAAUGUUUGAAUUUAUGAAAAAAACGAGAAUUAUGCAACUUUCUUGGCUAAAAUUGUGCAAAGCUCUUACAAAAGUUUCGGUGCACCCUGCGUUGAACUCUUGGUGCGCCCCACAGUGUAACAGAGGUGCACCCCGUUCAAUUUUAAUGUCUAAAACGGUACAUAUUACGUACACGUUCUCGAAACAAUUCAUUUAAUUAUUGGGAAUAGGGAUUUAUGAUUUCCUAUAUUGAAAAUUAUAUUACCAAUAUCGCCAUUUUCUACAGUCUUAUUCUAGGCUGUUACGGUAGUUCAAAUAAGACUUUUUUUCGACCGGUUGCCCCAGGGGUGCACCGAAAAAAUCAUUGAUUUACCAUCAUUUUAGUUAUAGAAUACAUUGCUUUUGGUGACAUCAUUCAUGCCGUGUUCAAAGUGAUUUCGCGUUCGAAAUGGGUGUCAGAAAAAAAAAGGUAACUAAAUUUUGGAAAAUCUGAGAUAGUUUUACAUUUCGCGGAAAUUACUUCGAACACGCCAUCAAAAAUGUUCGUAUCCACCAUUUUCUAGUGCAAGAGCGGCGAAAAACUUCUAGACACACUUUAAUGAUUUUUCAUAUUAUUUGUGUGUUCGGAUAUUUUCCAAAUGGAACUUUAGUUUGCGUGUGCUGGGUGAGUUCUAGAAUUAUAAGUACUAAACUUUUGAACUUUCAGACUGCGGUCGGCGAAAACGGACCUCAGUAAUGCGUAUGCGAAAAUUUCCGCGUAUGAAGAACAACUUCGGGUGUCACAAGAGCUCUUCGGCGAGAAAGAGAAAGAAGUCGAACAGCUGAAAUUGUAUGCGCAUGAAUGCAACGAGAAGUUGGCACGAUCCUCUGAAGGAAGUCACGAAAGGACCAAAGAGCUCGAUAAGCUCAAAGCGAAACUGAAUGGUUUCAUUGCAACUUUUCUCUCAUUUAUUCAUACAACCGCCAUUUCAGAAGCGGAGAAGGAGUCGGUGAGAGGACAACAGGAGGUCAUUAAAUUGAAAGAAAGUGAGCAAAAAUUGCAGCAACAGUUGAAGGUGAGAAUUUCAUAUGAGGAUUUUCAGUUUCUUUCGUGCUUUUUCAAUAAGCUGAUUCAGAAGAAAUUAUUAUGAAUUUUCACCCUGAAGCUGUCAGUUAGACAUUUAAUAACCCAGGAAACAGCGAUAUAGCCGAUUUUUUCAGAGUAAAUCGCGCAUUAUAAGGCCAAAACGAAGUUCAAAACGAAUUUUCGGCCGAACAUGUAGCGCCCUAGUAGGGUGUUAUGAAAAAAAAACCAGAGAAAAUUCGAACGGCGACUUUUCCGAUUUUUUCAUAUCGCUAGAGAACUUUCCGAUGGAGAAGUUUCCGACUAUUCCUUUUUUGACUUUUUUUUUCUUAAUAAAAUCUUCGUUUUGAAUCUUCCUAUAUAAAGUUGGUAGUUGAUUCAUGAUUGAAACACAAAGAAGUAGGAGAGAAAGAUGUUAACACAUGUUUUACAAACCGAAAAAAAUCAAGAAAAAAAACUGGAAAGUUCCCUAGUGAUAUGAAAAUCGGAAAAGUCGCCGUUCGAAAACUCGCUGGCUUUUUUUUCAUUCCACCAAAUUUUUUUUGUACCCUGUAAUGGUUGUUUAUAUCAUAUUGUGUUAAGUGAACAUGUACUCUUGAGUGACCAACUCAUUACAACAUCACUCUGUAGUAGCGCACUGCUAGCGUGCGCUACGGAGUAAAGUCUUAUAUGCCGAGUCGGGCUUGCUCCUAAAAAAAAUUAAUGGAAUGAUGCUGAGGAACAUCAUUUAUCCAUUUCAACCCGUUGGUUUUAGAAGUCUUUGAAAAUUACAGAGACAGCGUGUUAAUAGAAAAGUUGUCGAGGAUCAUUUACAGGCUCAGGAAGGCGAAAGGCUCCAACAAAGAGGUCGUGCAGAAGAGUUUGAGAAAAAGUCGAAGGAACUGGAAGGAGAGUUGAAGCAAGCGAAGAUUGAUAAUGCAGCUCUGGAAGAGCUUGUGCAGCAGUAUGAGAAGAAUCAGAACGAGGGUUCGGCGGCCGGUAAAUUUCAAUCCUUGUUUUUGAAAAUAAGUCUUUUCAGAGUCGGGAGGAUCCGGCGGUUGGUCGGAUUUCGGCGACGACUUUACUAGCAGUGAACAGCAAGAAGAGAAAACGCCCGACGCUUCCCAGACGGACGCGAAGGUAAUCACCGGAGGAGGCUCGUCGCCCUCGUCAAACAACGACAAAGACCUGACGGAGAUCCGAGCGCGACUGAAGAGAAACAUCGAGGAGUGUGAAGAGCUCCAGGGACUUCGUCCUCAGCUGCAACAGUGCAAGGAAGAGCUGGCGCGCUACAAGUUUGUCUAGUUUUAGAGUGAACUUUAUUGAGCGUUAGAAAGUACUGGCAUGCUUUAAGGUGCGAACGUUUACAAAAUGCGACCGCUUUUUUUGCUCCAUUGCAAAUUAAUAAAAUACGGGCGUUUUUAGAAUUUCCAUUAUUAUUUUUUUAAAAUGCAACGAAAUUUUGGAAUUUUCGAUUGCUUUCUAAUCAACAUAGUUGUGCUUCUUUCGUACUUUUAACAAUAUCGUUGAACAAACCAUCUUUCAAGAUCUUUCAAUUUUUUUUCACCCGAUUUCCGGUUCAUUACAAAAUUAUGAACUGUAUAAAAUCGUUUUUAGAAACUCUUCAUGAGAAGCCGAAGUUUUUCAAGCAAUUAAAAAAAAAUCUCAUCGUUAUGAAUUCAAUAAUUUUGUCGUGGUACUUUAUUGAAUCGUUAUUUCUAAAGGGAAAAUAAGGAAAAAUACAAAUCUGGAAAAAAAUAGCCAGAAAGAGUGAAAGAGAAAAGAUUAAGGAACGCCCGUAUUUUUACUAAUUUUUCUGUGGAGCACAAACAAACGGUCGCUUUUUGUAAACGCCCGUACUUUAUAUCAUGCCGGAAGUACUCAUGAAAACAGAAAGCCGUUUUUCCCUACGUCGCACCUUCAGUUAGAAUUAAUUCCCAGUGAUGUAAAACCAUUUUUCUGCCUCAACGCUUCUCGCAAACUGAAACUGCCAAAAACGUUCUACUGAAAUAUUUUUCUUUUCAUUUUUAAACUUUUUUUGUGUAAUCACUCUAUUUAAGAUCUCUUUAUGAGCAAGAAGAACAAGCCAGAAAUGACUGUGAAUCAAAGCUGAAACGCCUCGAGUUGGAUUUUGAAAGCAAGCGAAAGAUGGUGACAACAAAGAGAGACUAUAACUGUUUCUUAUUGAAUUUUUUCAGUGGGACUCCAUGGAAGAGGAAAAAAAAGAAUCGGCUGAUCGUAUCAAAGAGCUGCUGAAAAUGCUGACGGACAACAUGAAAAAGUGCACCGACACAGAGUCUUUGAUCUCCAAUCUCCGAGAAGAUCUGUACUUUAAAGACAAGGAACUACGCGAAGAACAAUUGCAAACUAGAAAAAAGGACGACAGGAUUCGCGAAGUUAUACUUUUUGUUGAUAUUUGUGACAUGAUUUCCGUUUUAGAUUGAGGUAGAGCUCAAAGUUUUGCGAAGCGAGUACAUGAAGCUCGAGGCGAAGAGUUUCCACGACGUUAUGGUACUCAAGCGACAGCUUGAUGAUUAUAAAACUUCACAAGUAAGUUUUCAAGUUAUCACUAGGAAAACGGAAACAUUUUUUCCAGAUACUCUCGCAGUCCUCGAUGCCAAUGGCCUCAAGAGACGCUUUUAGCGCCAACACCUCACUGGACGGGGACGAAGGACGGAUUGGCUUGUCUCCACAUCGGAACGACCCGAUUUGGGACGAGCCAUCACAUGACUACUCGAAGAAUGGGUUCUUAUCUUUGAUCGAGCACCCAAAAAUCACUGAUUCAAUCCUUGAAGGCCUUCGAUGCCGCCGAGCGACUUCUACCCAGUAGGUCAACUGGCGAAAAAGACUAGAAGUCGGCGAAGUGACCGACUGCUCAUGGGGGAAAACUCGCCCAGCGACAACGAGAAGUCGCGCACGAAAAUAGAGAAGAAAGAUCCACACAGGCGUCGGUCGCGCAGCCAUGGUCGACAGAGUUACGCGGAUCCACUCGGCAAUGUUCCGUAUCUAACCGGUUUCCCCUCAGACAGCUCCUAUCAGAACAUGGCUUCAUUGGGGUUUGUUUGAAGUCUUUCACGCUGGCGAAUGGUAUCGGCUUCUCACUGUCUUGAGAUCCAGGGCUGUGGCGGGAGCAAUGUACAUGCUCCCACUAUGGACCUGUGAGGAAAUUGCUUUAAACGCUCAGAUUUUACCAUUUCACAACUAAUUUAGAGGAAACCACUCAAAAUUCCAAUCUAGAUACACUUUUCAACACAAAUACCGUUGUGUUCAAAAAGCCAUUCACGGACGAAAAUGAAAAUACUUUUUUCUCGCAAAAUAGGCAAACAACACUGAUGAAAAAAAUUAUCCAACUGUUUUGAACAAAGUAGUCGAAAGCAAUAAAAUAAAUUAGUUUUUUAAACUAGUCUUCUUGCCAACUAGCCUUCCGACGAACUCGCGCACUGGUUUUCACAGCGAAGGCCUAUGAGAAAAAAAAAACCAGAAAAUUUUCAAACGGCGACCUUUCCGAUUUUUCCGACUUUUUUUCCCUUGUAUUGUUCGGUUUAUAAAAGAUCUAUUAUCAUUUCUCUUUGUGAGAAAAAAAGAAGUUAGGAGCUGAGAAGUGGGAGUUCAUGAAAGAAAUAUUGAGAAAAUUACAGCUUUGUUGCGCUGAGUGGACGACACAGCAAAAGUGGACAACUGAACUACUCGUCUGGAGGAUCCAACGGAGGGCGCAGCCCGCCGCCGGAGAUGCCGCUUCUCAGUGCGAUUCCUCCGCCGGGUGUCCGUAAGCCUACGGGAAAGCGAUUAGGUGCGGUAUAGAAAUGUUCAUUUAUGUUUUUACUCUAUUCUUUCUUUCGCAGAUACGAGCAAGUGA